AUGGAAAACAUGUCUUACACUGAAACUUUCACACUCACUGGAUUUGGGGACAUGGGUAAAACUAAAUAUGUAUAUUUUCUACUUACCCUUAUUGGGUACCUCUUGAUAAUCUUUGUAAACACAGUUCUUGUGUUAGUAAUAUUUCUGGAAAGAAGCCUUCAUGAGCCUAUGUAUAUCUUUCUCUGUAGUUUAUCUGUUAACGCCCUUUAUGGAACUGCUGGUUUCUAUCCUAAACUUCUGGCUGAUCUUCUAUCAGAGACCCAAGUGAUUCCUCAUGCUGGAUGUUUCAUUCAAAUAUUUGUUAUCUAUGGUUAUGCAAUUGCUGAAUUUACCAUUUUAACAGUGAUGGCAUAUGACAGAUAUGUGGCCAUUUGUAAACCUUUACACUAUACAAAUAUCAUGACAGAUAGAGUUGUUUGUAAAUUACUAUUUGGUGCCUGGCUAUUUCCAUUCUGUAGCAUGGCCCUUAUUCUUUUGUUUUCUUCAAGACUGCCUUUGUGUGGGAACCAAAUUGAAAGACUGUAUUGUUCCAACUGGUCAGUAGUGAAGCUAUCUUGUGUACCAACUACUCUAAACAAUGUUGUUGGUUUUAUAAUUACUAUUUGUGCAAUGUUUCCACCUCUGUUUUUUAUAUUGUUUUCCUAUGUAAAUAUACUUAUUGUUUGUCAGAAAAGCUCCAAGGAAUUCAGAAGGAAAGCUCUCCAAACAUGUCUCCCACAUUUAACUACACUGAUCAACUAUUCAAUAACAGGUUUUUGUGAAAUAGCACUUGGUCGAUUAGACUCAAAGGAUAUGCCCCAAAUUGUUGCUGCCAUCCUGUCAUUGGAGUGUCUAAUAAUUCCUCCCCUUCUUAAUCCUCUCUUGUAUGGAUUCCACUUGCCUGAGGUACGGAAAAGGAUUAUAAAUAUGCUCCGAAGAAAGCAAAUUAUACCAAUAUUAGACAGCUCACACGCUGCAAAAUACUAACUAUUAUGUAUCAUGUACUUUCUUGUUAAGAUUAUGUUUGUGUACUUUUAUACUAAAUAACAAAAGUCCUUCAGUUUGUGCAUAUGCAUGACUGCAAAUAAUAGUAUUUUCAUUUUUCACUGAAAAA